AUGGGCGAGUUCUUACACGAGGGUAAAGGGAAGAUCAUCAAGGAGGCGAGGGAGACAAAGGUUGAGCCGGAGGAAGUCGAGGAUGUAGAUGUUGAUGGGUCCGAGUUAUGGGGGCCGAGGAAGUUCAAAGAAGCAGAGGGAUCGGGACGGACACUUGGGGGCGAUGGCGAGCAAUGCUGA